UUUUCCUCAGUAUCCCAAGAACAUCCAACCGGCAUGACCACCCCGCCUCUCUGCUCCUGCCACGGCGCGCCAACCUGCAAACCAACCCCAGAAUGUGAGAGAGGCGGGGUUGCAGCUUCAGGGACACAAGCCUACGCCCUCAGCUGUGUUUUUAGGGCAUGGCAAGUCAAGGGCGAGGCGAGGUGUAAAUAUAAGAGCCAGUGUCCCUUUUUGUGUCUCCUCCUACUGAUGAUAUUGCUACGGACGCCCCUACCCCUUGUUGCUGCUGCUACUGAGGUGCCGAUGAUCCAGUGCGAGUGCUCCACCGCUGACUGUGCCGCGGCGGGAGUCACCACCUGCACCACCGCCUCGCUCUGUUACUUCCAGCACUUCGACCACCACGACGGCUCGCACCCCAUCACUCGCGGCUGCAUCACCUCGGGGAGUGUCAAUUCCCUGCAGUGCCUCAACCUCCACCAGGCAGCGCGGCGAAGCUUCUGGCCCUACGUGGUGUGUUGUGACACUGACUACUGCAAUAAGGACCUCAUGCCGCCCCUGCCCACCACCUACUUCCCACUGCAAGAUGACUACACUGAUGAUGGCGAUGAUGGUGAUGAUGAAGACGACGGCUCACUGCUUCACCACUACCUACGAGUGGCGUCCCAACACUCAGCCACCACCAGCAACACCACCCAGGCUCACCACAAGCUGCCACGCCUCAACACCGUCUGCCUGGUGGUGAUUGUUGCUGCUGUUGCCUUCAUGGUGACUCUCAGCAUUGCAAGUCUGUAUAUUUUGAUCCGAUACAGGUCCAGCUACACCAGGGCACCACAAGACCCACUAGAUGCCGGGAUGGAGAAGCUGAAGAGGAUGGAACCCAGCGCUCCACCUCUGGUCUUUGCCUACCACCCUGCAUCACCUUAGCCACUCCAGCCACUCAGCCUUCACUUCACUACCACGUUCCUACACUCAUCACCAACACUGACACACGCACACUUCAACCUCCCCGUAUUCACCUCCAGCCCUCUGUGGUAACGCUCUGACCAUCACAUCAAGUAUACCAAACAUUAACUCAAUUUGUAGUGUUGUUUUGGCCCCUCAUUCUCAUCACUGUGGGCUGGAAAUGAGUGCAUGCAUAAGUGAUCAUUCCAUCAAUCCCAAACCUCACUGCAGCAUCACACCAGACAUUCCAAGUGACACAGCAUCCGUCCUCAUGGCUAGGUUCAUUAAGGUUCUCCAGUGUCUGAUGGCUAGCUGCCCCGCCACACUCUGCUUGCCUCCUUGCAUGUCCUCCACACCACCAAGUCACAUCAUGUCGCCACGCGUGUAUCGCUGUCACUUGGCUCAGGAUCGGUCUCCUCGUCCUGACCUGCCAUAGAGUUGUUGGUUGGGUGGCAGCAUCAACACAGUAAGGAAUGAGGGAACAUGUGGCACCUGCUUGAGUCAGUGAGUGCCGACACGCAGCGACACACAAGCACAACAGUAGCUGCUUCCAUUCCUCGUGUGGGAUGAAGAAGUAAAUGUGUGGAUUUUUUGUUUAUUCUUGUAAAAAUUCUUUGAAAAUACAACCAGCUGACUAGCGCAAUGAAGUAGCAAGAUACUGGGCACUAGUGGGUGAAAGUAAAUAAAGUUUCACCAUAGAGA